AUGAACAGCUGGAAUUCUUCUUCAGGUUCGGGAGGAGGUUUAUCUAAGAUUGUUCAGAAGCUUCUUCGGGUUAAACAUGUUUUGAAAAGAUUUAGUAGGGAAGUGGUGGGAGAUGUAGUCUUGGAUUACAAGUCGGCCAAGGAGGAAUUCAAUAUAGCUCAGGAAGCUUUGGCUUCUAACCCCUCUGAUAUUACGCUUCAGCUUGCUGUUACUCAGAAGCAGGAAAAUUUUUCUAUUAUGCUAAACCGAUACUCUAGUUAUCUCAAGCAGCAAAGUAAAAUUAAGUGGGUCAAUUUCAGUGAUGAAAACUCUAGAUACUUCCAUGCUAUUAUGAGGAAAAGAAGAUUGGAAAAUAGAAUUACUUCUUUCUCUGUUGGUGAUAAAAUUGAGGAUGAUUAUUCGAUAGUAGUGGAGCACUUUCUCACUCAUUUCAGGAAGUUUAUGGGGAGUAGUAGUUCGGCCACUGAAAAAAUUGAUUUAAAUUGUUUGAACCAGGGUAGAAGACUGUCUUUGGAGCAGCAAGUCAGCAUCCAUUCUUCUAAAAGCCCUGGGUUAUAUGGCUUCGGAUCAGGUUUUUUCAAGGGGUUAUGGGAGAAUAUUGGAGAUGACAUAGCUCGGUCUGUGUUAGAAUUCUUCCAGGAUGGUUUUUUGCCUCAGUCGCUGAAUGAAACAGUGAUAUCUCUCAUUCCUAAGGUGUCAGACCCGAAAACAGCAAGUGAUUACAGGCCUAUUGCCUGCUAUGAAUUGAUAAUAUUCUGUAAAGGCAAUAUCAUUUCAGUGACUCAUAUUCAAGAAGCUUUCAAGAAAUUCUGUUAUUCUACAGGUCUUUCUGCGAACAAAUCGAAAUCUCAUAUAUUCUUUAGAGGAGUUAAAGAAGACAAUAAAGGGAAGAUUCUUGAAUUGAUGCAAAUGGAGGAAGGAUCUUUUCCUUUGAAAUACUUGGGAGUUCACCUUCGUCCUACUAAAUGGAAAGCUUCAGAUUGCGGGGUGAUUUUGGACAAGCUGAAUAAAAAUCUCAAUUGUUGGGCGAGUAGGAAUCUGUCUUUUGCUGGGCGUGCUCAACUAAUUCACUCGGUAUUGCUUGGUAUCAGAAAUUUUUGGAUGAGCAUAUUCAUUCUGCCUUUUAAAAUCACAGCAGCCAUAGACAAAAGCUGUUGUGACUUCCUCUGGGGUGCCAACGGAAACAGAAGUAAACUUCAUAACCCCUCUUGGGAGAAAGUUUGUCUCCCUAAAAAGCUGGGUGGUAUUGGAUUUCGCGAAGGUAAGAAAUGGAAUAUGGCUUUGAUGGCGAAGUGUUUAUGGGCGAUCUCUAACAAACAGGACUGUCUUUGGGUUAGAUGGAUUAACUCAGUCUAUCUUAAGGAGCACUCUAUUUGGAAUGUUCCUAUUAAGCAUGAUAUGAGCUGGUACUUUAAGAAGCUAUUGAGGCUAAGUCAAGUCAUUGAUGCAACUACUUUGCAGCAAGCUGAAAAGGGAGGUAAAUUUCGUGUCAAACUUUUUUACACUUCUCUUGCUACUGCCCAAAAAGUUUUAUAUGCUGGAACUGUGUGGAAUAAGCUGCUAGUGCCCAAGCACAGAUUCAUUUAUUGGCAGAUUCUUAACAGCCAACUACUCACCAGAGAUCAUUUGAGUCGCAUAAUGCCUAUCCACUCUGCUAUCUGUCCUGUUUGUGCCUCAGUAAAUGAAUCUCACAGCCACUUAUUCCUGGAAUGUAUCUUCACUAGGAAAUUAUUUGGGGAGCUACUUUGUAUUUUGUUUGGAAAAAUCGGAACAAGUGUAUUUUUUACUCUGUUUGUCUUUCAGCUAGUAGUCUUAUCUUGGAAAUUAGGAAGAUUGUCAAAUGUAGAGUUUUGGGCUGCAGUGUGGCUGUUUAAAGCUGUUGCUUCUUGCUUUGUUUUGUAUCUUGUCAUGCCGGCUGAAGAUCUAUUCGACCUGUAUAGUGAAUCUGACCUUGUUGCUCCUGUGAGCAAGAAAAAGGGGAGCAGGCAACAUCGUGGAGAAAGCAGCAGCAACCCUCCAACAAAAAAGGCUUGA